UCGAGUCAAUUUGUUUUUCGUAUUGUAAACAAUUUAUGUUACGUAUUUUGAAAUGGUUAAUUAGUUGUUUAAGCAAAAAAGUUAUAUUAUUUGUUGAAACAAGGAUGUAAAUGAUGAUUUUAUUCUUGAUCUUCCUUCUUAUAUGUUGUAUACAUGAUUCAAACGGUCAAUCACGACUUUGUGGCGAUGAAUAUAAACCAGUUGUAAAAAUAUGCAGCAACGACAAUUUGACGUCAAAUGAACUUGCCUACAUAACAACAACAAGAGUUCCGACGUUUCAGCAGACACUUUGUGAGUGUUCUAUAACUUCAAGCACUUCAGAGGUCGAUAUUUUAUUCUCUUUUGUUGAUGAUAUGGUUCCUCAAAGCUUAAGCUUUAAAGUCAACAAUAAUGAAAUAGAGUCAGGAGGGGAACAUACAUUCACAACAAAGGAUCGAAGUUUUAUGCUUUCUGUCCAUACAAAUGAUAAUUACACAUAUGAAGGUGCUUGCUUAAUGGUUUCCUCAGAUACUCUUUUCAACGUUAUAUGCGAACCAACGCAAAAUAAAUCAUCAACGUCAAUAACAACGUCAACGUCAUACCCUAAUUCAAGUGUUGGAAAGGACAAAUAUAUCAAUUCAACUGACAAAGACAAAGAUAACAUCAUUAUACCAGUUGUGGCGGCCUCUAUUGCUGCUUUAGUCUGCAGGGCAGUUGUUAUACUUAUUGUUAUAAUUUGCAGAAGAAGAUCUACUAAAAGAAAUAAACUGCCAAAAAUAGCCAACCAAGGUGUCACAAAGAAACAUAAUGACGAUGAAGAUGACGAUUAUUACAUGACAGAAAAUCCAAUGUACCAAACAGCAGAUACAAAAAGGAAUAUAGAUAAUUCAGAUAAUGAGUAUCAUUAUGCAGAAUCUGCUAAACAUAAAAAACAGAUAAAUACUGCCGAUUUAAAAUGUAACUCUGAUUUAAAACAGUUUAUCAACAAAGGAAACAAUCACGACCAUUCAACACGUGUGUCAUCUGGCCAGAAAAGAAAUCCAACUGUAAAAGCCAAACCAGCGGACGCUAGGCAAAACAAUAAUAAUUCAGCAGUCAAUGACAACACGUAUGAUACAACUAAUGCGGCUACUGUUCAACCAUUCCAAGGAUUUAAUGAAUAUCAUCAUUUAAGUAACGCAGGAACAGUUAAAGUAGCGGUUGUUGAUGUAUACAGUACAAUUGGUAAUGCAAGCAAGUUUCCUGGUCACGAAGUCGAGGAAGACGUUUCCCAUUAUCAUGUCGCAAAUGCGCGAUAAUACUGACAUAUUCUUUUUACAAUCCGACAUAUUUGUUUUUAAUAUAUUUGUAUAUUUAGUAAAGAUUAUUUAGAGCUCUGUCUCUUAUCUACAUUCCCACUUUAAUGUUUACUGAAUUUUAAAACAUAUAUGUAGAUAU